UAGCAGCUGAUAAAAGUCUCCACAAGUUACGUGCUCAUUUUGGCGUAUGUCAAAAAAGUAGAUCAUAUAAAUUAAACCGCCGAACAAGUUGUAUAAUAAUAAUUUUUAAUUUUUUCUCUAAAUAUUAUUAUCUUUAAAAAUUCUACCUUUAAAAUUCAAUCAUGAUUGGUAGAAGCUUGAUUAAUCUAACAAGAACUAGAGGAUUCUUUGCCCAGAGAUACUUCUCAUUGAAUUCAACCCGAUUUCAACAAGCAAAGAAUCAUAGUCCCGAUAACUGGGAAAGAAGGUUCCUUGUGUGGACUGGCAAAUAUAAGUCAGUUGAAGAAGUUCCCAGUCAUGUGAGCUUUGAUGAGAUGGAACGUUGCCGUAAUCGUAUUCGAAUUCGUUUAGCAAAUAUUAUGAUGGGAUUAACAAUUAUAGGAUGUAUAGUUAUGAUAUAUAGUGGUAAACAAGCUGCCAAGCGAGGUGAAAGUGUAGCAAAAAUGAAUUUGGAUUGGCACAAGGAAUACAAUAAAUCAAUUGAAAAGAAAGAAUAACUUUUUUUUUUGCAAAAUCAUCGAGAGGUGAUAUUGUUGUUUUAUUAAAAGAAUCAGAUUUGUUUGGUGAUAUAAAUGUUACAAGUUAAAAAGUGAUUUUUGAAACGAUCUUUAUUAUUAUGAUUUAACCGAUACAAAAUAAGCUUCUCAUGUACUCAAACCUUAGAAACCUUGUAAAUUAAACUCAUUUUAAAAAAACAUUGUAUCUGUUUGCUGCUACAAAUAAAUUUAUUUUAUUAAAAUUA